AUGGGUCUAGCUUCCGAUCUUCUCCUAUCCGAUUCGACUCUGAGUGACGUACCAAGUGACCUGGAGGAUAGCCCUACACCGUCUCCGGUUCGCCCAGCACAUCCGAAGCUCGGUGAUACUGAUGAUGAUCCUAGCGGGAUAUCUGAUGCCAACAUAGAUCCCAUCAAACCCCCCCAUUUUGCUGUCGGCGUCAGAGAACAAACUCCGCCGCAACUUGAUUUUUCAUUAAAUCCUACACUCAUCCCGGAGAAGAAGCCUCGCUCAAAGCCAGCAAAGGUAUCACCAUAUUUCCAAGGAACUUCAGUUAACGAGGACUCUUGUCUGCCCUUUCCGCCAAUCGAUGCACCAGCAUUCGGCCUAGUCCAGGAGCAACUCGCGCACGAUCCAUUCCGUUUACUCCUUGCUACCAUCUUCCUCAACCGCACCCGAGGAGGCGUCGCGCUCCCAAUCCUAUUCCAGGUCUUUGAUAGAUACCCCACGAUCGAGGCGAUGGCUGCAGCAGACCAAUCAGAACUAACAGCCAUGAUUAACUGCCUCGGUUUCCAGAACCAGCGAGCAAGAAAGUGCAUAUCCCUAGCGCAGACAUGGCUCGACCGUCCACCUUGCCGGAAUAAACGGUACCGGAAACUCAACUACCCAUGUAAGACAGAUGGAAGAGACAUCAAGCCGGCUGAAUGCAUCAACGACGACGACCAGCGCGUGGCUUGGGAAGUCGCGCAUCUUCCUGGGGUCGGGGCUUAUGCCUUGGACAGCUGGCGGAUUUUCUGCCGCGAUGAAUUGCGGGGUUUAUCUACAGACUGGCAGGGGACUGGUGCUGCAACGGCAGGGUUUACUCCCGAAUGGAAAUCAGUGUUGCCGCAAGAUAAGGAACUCCGCGCCUACUUGACGUGGAUGUGGCUAAAGGAGGGAUGGGAUUGGGACCGGGAAACGGGAGAAAGGACGCCCGCGAGCGAGAAAGUGAUGCGGGCUGCGCGGCGGGGAGCUACUGCUCAUAUCGAGGCCGGGAAUUGGGUUCUUGAGACGUCUCCAGUGAAGCGUAGAUAG